AUGUUAUUUACUCGUCCAACAGCAAUUCCAAAUCAUAUCAUAUACUUAUCACCUAUCGUUUUAGGUUCUGGAUUAGAAGGUAAUCCUAAAUGCCAGAGAGAGAAAUGCACAAUAGGAUUACAGGAAUGUAUAUAUCCAAGUUCUAUGUGUAUUAGUGAAGAUAAACAAGAACCAAGAUGUUACGAGUUACCCGAUCUAUACGGAGACUGCUCAUUAACAAAACAAUGUAAAAACAAUUUUUUUUGUAAUGAUGGAAUUUGUGAAAGACAUGAUUAUAGUGAAUUAUGUAGAACUUCAGAUGAUUGCAGUUCCAAACUAAGUUGUGAAGCAUCAUGUGCUAAUGUCCAUUAUCCAUCUUGUGAAAUUGAUAUUCAAUGUCGAUUUGAUGAAUAUUGUGGACCAAAUGAAAGAUGUACACCAAUAGUUAAAGAUGGAGACAGUUGCAAUACUACAUCAUCUUGCCACAGAUACAGUAAAUGUGUAAAUGAAACAUGUACACCUGCAAUGAGAAUGUCAAAAGGUGAUAGUUGUACUUCUACUUUAGAUUGUGAUAUUUCAGAAGGAUUAGUUUGUUUCAAUAAUACAUGUACAAAUGAUAUAGAUAAUAUAAAAUGUAUUAGAGCUAAUCCAAAUUGUCCUCAUCUAUCAAUAUGUAGUCCUGUAAAUCCAUUAUUUGAAAAUGGAACCAAAACCAUGAAUAAUUCCAACUCUGAAAACCCAACCCAUUUGUAUGAUGGAAUAUGUAUAACGUUGAUAGCACUCACGCCAUCAAACAAAAAGGUUAUAGAAUCAUUUGUAGAGUGUGUUGAUCGAAGGAGAUGUCCCAGAAUAUCUAAUAUCCAGCCUGAUUCUUGUCAAAGUCAAUGCGGAGAAGAUCCUUUCCAUGAUAAAAUUUGGUAUGCCUGUAAAGAGUUCUCUUCUGGUGUAACCUCAUAUCAAUUCAUUUCAUUGAAAAUCAGUUUUAUUUCACUAAUUUGUGAUUGGAUCUUAAGAAUUUUAAUACUUAGAGUUUUCUGA